GAAGCGAUAGCGAGCGUGCUUUUGCUAAUGUUAUUUAUAAAAAAGGUUAUGAGAGGGUCACACAUGCAUGCAUCCUACAACAACCAAAACUCUAAUCAAUUGUUAAUGAUGAACUUGUUUGCAUCUUGCGAACAAUGACUUGAUCUAAUGGUAUUAUCAUCGAUAUUGAAUCUGAAACACCAUGUUCUAAUCCCUGACAUAUGGAGCUUAUUAACUAUAAUAACAAACUAACUUAUAUCAUCUUUUAAAAAAAACUUUUUUGCAUCUUGCCCCUUUUUUAAUUCUUCAUCAUUAUAUGUAAACCCUUGCAGCAAAUCACAGGCUCGUAUGACAAGCAUUCAAUUUUCACCUCGAUCGAGCUCACAAAUUUCAUCAACUAAUUAUUCGUGCCAUCUCUUGUGGCUAGCUAGUUAGGCCUAUUGGUCUAGUUUGUAUGAUUCCUACAUAUCUUCUUUUUUUUAAGGUAACUUAAUUAAUCCCUACUCACUAGCUAGGUAGUAGAGCAAAUGAAAUUGAACUAAUAUUGUUUAGCAUUCAAACAUUCAGUAUCAUGGAUCCAUCUGUUGAUGACCGAAUUAAGAAACCAUUAUAAUAGAGAGAGAGAGAGAGAGAGAGAGAGAGCUUAAUUAAUUAAUUAUUAAUGGUUUAAAUGAUCUGCUGGAUGAUCGUAAGGACAGGAUGAUCGCUUGUAUGCAUUCACACGUCGCCGUGACUGGUAAAGAUUCCCGAUCCACUGGGACAUAAAGCUAUUUGUUAUUAGCAGCAGCGAAUGAAAGAAUCAGAGGCCGCAGGCAUAAUCAUGAUGCAUUUGUCCAAUUUUUAUUCGGAAUUAUGGUAAUUAAUGAAUGAUUAAAACAAGGAAAAUCCUUAACACGAUUGAAUGUUGUUUGUCGCUGUGCGGGGGAGUGGUUGGUUGGUAUAUGAUCCCAACAGAUAGGACACAGGUGGGGUGAUUAGCGAUGAUCAUAGCUAGCCUGGCUAUAGCUAGUUGCCCUGCUGCCAAUUAAGCAAAGAUGGUGAAAUUAGGCUAUAACUUAUAUCUACAGCAGUUUCGUUGGCGUUGGGCCAUACCAUAUGUUCGAUGAUCUCCUUCCUCGUUUUCACAUUUCGAUGAACCACUUAGUUUCGAUUGUUAAAGAAUCCGUUCGAUUCUAAUAUUUCGAGUUGUUGGGAGAAGUUCGAUAAUGGAUCAUAUACCAUUUACUCAGCACAUCUCUUCAAACGAAAGCCAUUCAUAUAGGUUUGAAAUCAAGAAUCAUUUGGUCCCGAUAAUUAAUUCGAGUUGUCGAUCGGGAGAGGUUUGAUAAUGAAUCAUAUACUGUUUACUUAUUAACACACCACAUCAAACGAAAAAGCCACUUAUACAGAUUUGAAGUUUGCACAUGUCCGGAUACUAAUGUGCUUAAUAGAACGGAUGGGGGUCGUUGGGAUUCGAAGAAAAGAGCUCUCGGCCGUCACAGAAGGCUCUGAUACCAUGUCAAGAACCAGUUAUUCUCAAUAACUCGAGUUGUUGGGAGAUGUUCAAUGAUGGAUCAUAUAUAUACCAUUCACUUAACACCAAUAACUCGAGUUGUUGGAAAAAAUGGGUUUGUAUCAAACCCCCUCAAAUGAAAGUCAACUUGUGGGGGUUUCAGCUUGCUCAAGUUGAUCAACAUAUCAUGUCUUGUGCUAAACCAUCAGGCUUACGGUUUGCAGACAUUAUAUUAUAAACAUAUCAUUCCUUGGGGUAAACCAAUCGUUUAUAUUGGAGGGUUACAAGGAUUUGAACCUUUGACCUAUUGAUCGAAGGCUACAAUACCAUGUAAACCAACAAACCACUUUGUUUCAAUAACUCGAAUGAUUUGAAAAUGGUUUGUAGAGUUUUUUUAUACAAAUAAGCUCUAGCCUAUCGCCACUCGCCAGCAUGUAAAACACUCGCAGACAAGAGGAGGAGAAGGAGGAAACGCACAGCAGCAAAAGAGUAAAUUAAACGGGAACAUAUUGGGCCUACGACAAAUGAUAAUUAACAUUAAUGCAGAGAUCGAUCCCAGCCACAGUAGCAAUUAGGGUGGAGUUGACUCGAUUGAUUUGGGCUAAUUUGAACUCCAUCUGUAGCCCAAGUGCUGCAUAUAUAAUGAUGUUCCCCAUUAGCAAAGGAAUCCCUAGCUCGAAAACUGCUGAUUGGUUUACGUUUCAUGUUGUUUGGUAAUCAAUAUAAUGAUCUCUGUAUUAUGGGUUAUAACCCACUAGAUUUGGUUUCUUAGUCUAUGCCCUUUCGGGAAAGUGGGAGGGAACCCUAAAACAGUAUAUACCAAUAUCAUCAUCAUCAUUCGUUCGUUUUUUGCUUUACUUGCCUGCAAUUCAUUGCUGCAAAUUUGCAAUGUAUGCGUAGGCAUGAUGAUUAAUAUAUAUAUAGGAGCUCCCACAGUUGUUGUUUAAUGUCUAUGAGUAGUGCUCAAGAUUGAUCAUCAGAUCAGGUGGGUCACUAAUUAAUCUGCUUCCCACUAAUGAUCAUUAUUCUGCCUCCAUUUCUGUGAUUGUUUGUUAAUAACCACAGUUUUGGAAAACCAGCUAGCCUCGAUAUAUAUACGUAGUUUUUCCAUAGUCUUGUCCUAUCAUAAUUUGUUUAAAUCAACAAUUGGUUUUAGAAGUCGUGAAUAUUCGAAGAUGAGAGCUCUUGAUUAAGCCGAUUUGAUUUCUUUUAUUUUUUGGGUAUGUGCAUCUAUCAUUUAUACAAGUUUCUGAAAUUACUAAAUUCAUUAGAAAUUAAAGAAGAAGAAAAAAAGGAAGAGUUGAUAUACGUACUGAUCAGCUUUGAUGUCUACAGCAUAUGACUAGUUCUUGUGUAUUAGGUAUUUCUUUAUUUAAUUAAGUACUAAUGAUUUCAUUAUCAAUUAAAGAUUUUAAUCAAUAUGGAAGAAUGCAAAUGCUUAUUUUACUUGUAUAUAUGUGGCGGACAAAAUUAGGGUUUCCCAUUAUGGUUGCACAUAAUUACGUGGACCCAUACUCGACCCAAGUUUUAGAAGCCCAUUGUUUUUUCCAUAUACCUGUUUUCUAAUUAUGUGAGGGACUGAGGGUCGACUGUAGUCAAGAUACUAUUUUCUUAUGUAUUAUUGGCUACCAUCACUAAUAGUGUGUUUAAUUAUAGUACCCUCCCUAAUUUUAUAAUACAUAAAAUUUAUGACAGGUUUACGAAUUUGAUAUAUGUCAUUUAGUAUAAACCUUAAACCAACCACUCAUAAAAAAACUAAUUACCUGUGUUGUUUAUAUAUUAAAUCUCGAUCUGAGAUUUUCCGAAUAAUAUUAACGUGAUUUGACAAAUCUUGUAACAUUUUGAGUUAGAGUGAUAUGUUUCAGCUACAUAUCUAUCCGAAGGAUAAUAAAAUAAUUGAGCUGAUCCAUUAAUUUCAGCCAAAUAACAAAGUUUUUUUUUUCUCUUCGUAACAUUUCAGACAAAUACCAUAUUGACAAAGCACGAGUGAAAUUUAUAGUUCAUAUGAAACAAUUCAAUUUUAAUUAACAAAACGUGUUUUGAAGUGAAAUGGAAAAGUUCUUGUAAGAACUCUGAAGUUAAAUGUGUGCUCAGCGUGGAGCAGUGCAGAGAUGUGUGACCUUCCGGGAAGUAAUUGUGAUGCACUCAAAAGCCAAACCAUGCGGGGUAGGCUCAAAGCGGACAAUAUAUUGGUCAGAAAGGGUCGAGAUGUUACAAUUGGUAUCAGAGAUCUUCUAUACGUCCCUCUUGAACGAUGGUGGGGCAAAACCUCAACAAGGACCUUGCGUCCUUGGGGGAGGAGGGUGACACUUUAGGUAAAUCUCACUUCGACAAAGCAUGAGAGAGAUCUAUGGUUCAUAUGAAACAUUCCAAUUUUAACUGCAAGAACGUUUUUGAAUAAAAUGAAAAAAUUCUUGUAAAAAGUCUGAAGUUAAAUACAAAAAUAAAAUUCUACAAAAUAUGACAAAAACAGACAAUAUCUUAACGAGGAAAGCUUGUAUGCUACAAUAUUUUCGCCGGCUAGUGAUGAGGUGCACGUAAUUACAAAAAUUUCACCGUCGUGGGACGCCAUUAUUAUAUAAUCCACCGGAGAUUAAGUGGAGGGUCCAAUCCAAGGUCUGACCAUGAUUAGAUUAAAAUGGUGUGGACAGGGUGAUGGCUCUUCUUUGUCGCCUGCUCCCUCAGCAUAUUUACUAAACUACCUUCUUUGUUGCUGUUCCUUCAUCCCAGAAUCUUAAUUAGUAACUUAAAAUUCAGUCAUUAUCCCAGCGGCAAUAGUGAAUUAAGGGGAAGAGGAGUGGAGGAGAGUUGUUCAUUAGGGUUGGGAAUCCGAUCAAACUGUAUGGGAAACUGUGGUUUAAAGUUUAAAUCAAAUCGCAUGGUUUGAUCUGGAUUGUGAGACAAGAAUUACGGUCAAGUCUGGUAUGUGUUCUCCCUUUAACGAAGAAAGAAGUUUAUUUUACUCGUUUCGUUUGCUCUCGUCGGGACUCGUCUUUGAAAUCUUGAAAGGAGAAAAAUAUUCCUAUGAUGACGUAGUUUGGACCGCGAGAAACAUCGGUUUACUAUGGCAGACCGUGACCCACUACUCACUAAUUCGAACAAAAAAUAACACUAAACCUCCAUUUCUGCGUUUGGAAGAACAACUCAAGCCUGAUCAAUGCAACCAUGGCGAACAAAAAAUAUGAUCUUACUAUUAUGGAUUUCAGUACAAGCACAACCAAUAUAUUGAUUCCUCGUCCAAGUGAAAACCAAACGACUACUCAAGCAAUGCCUUUUGCGUUAUCUUCUAAUGAAAGAACCACACAAAACAAGAAAAUAUGAGAAAAUCAUCUCCACUUGCCAUGAUUAAACUCUGGAGUUGAUGAUAUAAAAAUGCAAAACAAAAUUUAUUACCUGGGUGAGAGAUAAGAGAAAUUAUGUCGAGCAAAGUGACUAAAACCCAGUUGUUUGAAACGGUCUCGAAAUCUUCGCGAUGGGAAUUCUGAUUGAUAAUCUUUCGGCCCACCUGGAAAAGGGAGAGAAGCGAUUAGCACAAAAAGAGGGAGAGGAAUUUAUUUGUUGUAUACUUUAUUUUAAGUGAAUACCAUAUAGAGUAGUGAAAACUGUAGUGGGAGUAAGAAAUCAAAAGAGUCCACUACUCCCGUCAUAUUUCUUCGUGGGUUAGUUACAAUCACUAAAUUUUUUUCACUAUGAUAUUGGCACUAAACAUUUUAUUUUUAUGGAUAUCAGGGAUGAUAAGAGGAACGAGGAAUAAUGAAAUUUUGUUGAGCAU